AUGAAUAAUGGAUUCACAAAUGAAAACACAAAUGAGUUUGAUGGAGGUAGACAUAACAUCCUUCGAUGCAUGGGUAACUCUGGAAUCUGUAGAGCCUCUUGCAAAAGGAAUGAAUGGCCCUACUUCCACUGCAGAAGUUAUCAGUCAUGUUGCCUCCAGUCCUACAUGAGGAUAAGUAUUUCUGGCAAAGAGAAAAAUGAUGACUGGUCCCAUGAGAAACACUGGCCAAAAGUAUCUUGA